UUUAAAAAUGUGAUUGUCUAGCUAAUGUGACUGUAUUAUAAUUUAAAGUGUAAUUUCUACACCUGCACUUUAUCUAACAGAUAUUUUAUAUUACUUGUAGCCAACAAUGAUAAGGCGUCCACCAACAGUUAUCUGCUACAUUUGUGGUCGUGAAUAUGGAACAAAAUCUAUUGCCAUCCAUGAACCACAAUGUCUGAAAAAGUGGCAUAAUGAAAACAACUUGUUACCUAAAGAGUUAAGGAGAUCAGAACCUAAAAAACCAGAAGUCAGGACCAUUACAGCCAAAGGCUUCUAUGAUCUCGAUGCCUUAAACGAAGCUGCUUGGACCAGCGCCCUGAGCCAGCUGGUUCCCUGUAAUAUUUGUGGGCGUACCUUCCUGCCAGACAGACUGAUUGUUCACCAACGAUCCUGUAAACCAAAAGCCGCCAAGUAAAGCCCUCUCCCCGCACAAGUGUCACAGGACUAAAAUUCUUUUGAGAGAGGUUGGGGUAACGGAGGGAAGGAGGAAAAGGAGGGAAAGAGAGGAAACAAGAAACCCUGGAAACCACUCAAGGUUGUCCAGCGCGGGAAGCCAGCUUGGGGGUCCGGCGGCAGGGGCGUGGCCAUGACCAUGACGUAGUGGGCCGACGCUCUGCCUCCCCCAGCCCCCCCACCGAACAGCUGUGCGCAUGCGCGCAGACACACGGGCGGGGGGCGGGGCGUCACACUCCGUCGGGCAGAAUUGCAAGUGGGUUGCACCUCCGCAGGGCCGGCGUUUUUGUCUCCAGGAAAUUUCAGAGCCAGCUGUUGCUGUUUUUCUUCCUUUCUCUUUUCCUGAGCAAGAUUUUUGAAUUUCACAGUUAGGCCUGUUAUUAUUCAGGGAACAAGAGGAUUCAGGUGGCAAUUUCAGGCAACUCCUUAGUCUCAAGAAAAACUGGAUUCCUUCCCAUCCCUGUGCUUUCUGAAAUAACGUGCCACCCAGGGAAACGCUUUUAAUUGAGCUGUUGAUUGGGAAUCUUCCUUUCUCUAUAAAAUCAUUGCGCAGCGAAGACUUUCAAAAAAGAGCUAAGGAGUUAAAGUACUAGAACCGUGCCUAACUCCUACUCCCUUACCAAGAGCGGGAAAUGCUACAGUGAAAUUUCAGAACUGGUGCCAGUCUCGUAUGUCAGAAAAUUUCUACAGGGCGAUUCAUCACAUGGGUGGAGGUUAGCUCUUUCCUUCUAUAGGAGAAGUCCGGAGAGUUCUCCAGGGCAUCCGAGGGCUGAUAGGUGUUUUAUUGUUGAGAUCUAAAAGCCUGCCAGGAAGUCCUGUGCCUCCCCGCCCAUUGCCCAGGCAAUGGCUUGUGAAACUGCCCUGUAUUUUAGACCUUGAAUGUGCAUUCAUAGAGGCGAGGCGCUCCUGGGUGGAGGCCAGGGUCAGGAAGGUGCUCUGCCCAGGAAAUUCUGCUCCCCCGGACAGCGCUGCUUUGCCCGGACUCCCGGCAGUUUUGCUCGGGAUCUUUGUUCAUUUUAUGGCUGAAGUUCAGAGCCAUCCUGGAUCCACUGGGUUGCUGCAGACCUUGAAUUCAUGACCUAACACAGCACAGUCAGCUCCAAGUUAUACAAGCAGAUGUAUUGGACCUAGUAUUUUAGUCCCACAUCACUGUAUUGUAAGAGGUUAGUUAAGAUAGUUGCACUAAUCAUUUGUUGCUGUUUUUUUUUUCUGUCUGUUCCAAAGGAAGAAGAGAUUAACUUUAAAAUAGUCUUUAGCUACCCUCAAAGAAGAUUAUCCUCUUGAGAAAGACAUAACAUCUCAUACCGUUGAUGGUUUAGUUCUUUCAUUUCGCUAGCAAAGAUGACAACAUCUAAUACCUAGUUAGAGUACUGAGUCAGACUGCGCUUAGAGCUCCCUAGACUGCCGUGUGUAUAAAUCUCCCAUCAGCCUACAAGGAGAGGUUAUCUUUAUUUUACAUCUGAAGAAACUGAUAUUUAAAUAGGUAACAAGCUAACUCGAGGUCACGCUGAGCUUGAGUCGAGGGACGGACUAGGGAAGCAAACUCGCGACUCUCGGAAUCCCAAACUCCCACUCGUACCCAGUGCUAUCUGUAUGCUACAUACGGAUCUCAUCUCAUCAUGAACUCAAUGAACUAUGCGAACAAAAGAUCUGCCAAAUGUGAUUUUUUUUUUUUAUCCAGUGUUUGUAACUAAGGCAAAUGGGAAUCUUAGUAUGCUUCUAGUUUGCCUGCUGGUCAGGGUUUCUCUUACACUGAGGAGGUGAAAACCCAAGUGUGAACAGCCCUGUCUUUUUUUUUUUUUUAAACUUUAGACUUUAUUUAUUUUUUAUCAUGUUAAUCACCAUACAUUACAUCAUUAGUUUUUGAUGUAGUGUUCCAUGAUUCAUUGUUUGCAUAUAACACCCAGUGCUCCACGCAGAACGUGCGGUCCUGUCUUUCAAAAGCCACUCUGCCUUCUGCUGAUGUUCAGCAGUCCAGCAGGGAAACGCAGCAAAAAUGCUGGCCUCCACUUUGAAAUGGGUUGCCACUUGGGGCCCUAACAAGACAUUCUGAUACCCGUUCCUUUCAAAGCAUGACCAAAAAAAUCCAAACCAACUACUCUGUAGACAUUAUUAAGUCUGUGAGUUCUGGAAGUGGGCAACGACCGGCUCUUGCAGGAAUUGUCACUUCCACAGGGAGCAGUGAGUCGUCUGGACACGUGCCUGGACAUGGGGGGAGAUCCCCCCGCCCAGCUCCCCCUCAGCUGACCUGCAAGUGUCCCGUGGAAUUACACCCAGAGCAAGCUCAGUAGGAAUAACUUCAGUCUAAGAGUUCCUGUCUCUUAGCAAAGGCAAGUCGUCAGAACCUCCGCAUGGACAGGAGGGAGCUCGCCUGUUCUCUGCCAACGGCCCUCCUUCCAAUUAACUCACUUCUGUGCCGGUAUUUGUACUGCAAAAAGAAAAUAAUUUCUUGGACAGUAGUUGGCACCUGCGUGAGCUGUGAAUUCGAACCUUGCUAUGGUCCCUGUAGAUAAUCUUCUGGAUGAUGAGGAGCAGACACUAGAUGAAGGUACUAGAUGAAGGUACUCCUAGGCUUCCAUUUCCACUCCCAGCCGGGCAGUUAUUGGUCUGGCGUGCAUGAUUUUUAGAGGCGUGGGCAACACCGCACCACCCUCACUGCUCUUUUAACUCAUGCUGCAAACUUCCAUUAGAUUCUCCUCUAGGAGAGGAGGGGGGUGAGGGGGGCAGUAAGGAGGGCACGUGAUGUGAUAAGCACUGGGUGUUGGAUGCAACUGAUGAGUCACUAAACUCUACCUCUAAAAUGAAUAAUACACUCUAUGUUAAUUAAUGGAAUUGAAAGAAAGAAGAAAAAAAAGAAAGAAAGAAAGAAAGAAAGAAAGAAAGAAAGAAAGAAAGAAAGAAAGAAAGAAAAGAAAGAAAGAAAGAAAGAAAAAGAAGAAAGAAAAAUAGAAGUUUAGGAAUUGCAAAAAAAAAAAAAAAAUCCCCUCUAGUUAAGGCUACAGGAAGGGUUCCAGGAUUUCUGGAUGCUUAUUUGCACAUUCAAGUCACAUCACAGUUGCAGGGGAUGUCCUAUCAGCAGGGAACACUGGGGACCGAACAAGCAUUCUAGCAGGGGUGUGGAGAGGACGAAUCUCCCCCUGUGAGUCCGCAUGGAAAUCCCGUUAAGAGCUCCAUUACAGGGACUCUUCAGGCAGCCUCCUCUGAAUGUUUUCUGACAGACAAGUAUUUCCAACUGGGGUCUCCGGACUGGCUCCCAGAUGACACUGCUUGGGCCUGAGGAAUCCUGACCCAAGACUCUUUCUGGAAAAAGAAGCAAGCUGCUGUGGCUAAGGACAGGCAGGCUCAUUUGUGGAGCAGGGGACAGAGAGAGAGAGAGAGAGAUAGAUAUCCAAUGUCCUCUACCUACUGAAAACAGCCCUGGGUCUUUCUGUAUUUGUCUCCUUCUGACAUUAGUAGCAUUUCUUCUUCACACUCCUGCCUGAACCAGCCUGUGUGGCUUUAAUCCCAUAUCAAGUCAGGGCUGGAAGUCCAGCCCCUCUCCUUCCCCCAUCCUGAAGCGACGGUCCACCUUCCUUUAUCAUUUAUUACUUUCCUGGUGAUCCACCAUGCGGCCCACAUGAAAUGGUGCUCCUGUCUUGCCCGUGCUGCCCACUCUCUGUGAGCACUGUGAUCAGAGACGAGACAUGAGGUUUUCCUGCAUUUGAAGGAAACAGACUCCUUGGAGAAGCAGUCAAGGUGUUUCCAGUGGGGACCAAACCGGGAGGUGUAGCGAGAAUAUAUACCAGGAAAAACACUUAUCGUAAGAUGAUACACCUUAGUUCUGCUUACAUUUUUUAUAAAAAUACUUAAAUAAACACAACUCAUAGAAAAAGUAUAGUGAAGUCUCAUGUUGUCUACACCCAGGUAAACUCUCUUCUUGACAUCCCACUGGGGUCGAACUGGAAUGAUUUAAAUUUUAGCUACUAAUUUUGGGGGCAAAAGAGGAAGAUGGAAUGGCAGAGAUUGCUGUUGAGAGCAUAGGAUUCCACGGUAUGUCUGAUAAUGCCCUUCAGCUCUAUUUAUGGGAACAUGAGAUCAAGCCAGCAAUGGAUAUCAGCUUCAACUUCAGAUGUGCUUAAAAAAAAAAGUGAAACCUGACCUAGGCAUUAUGGAGCAGGUCCUAUCACUGAAACACAUUGAUCACUUACAGGCCAAGGGUUUUCAGGUGACUCUUAGUUGAGAGUGUGCUAGGCAAAACAACAGCCCCCCAACAUUGUGGAUGCCCAGUCCCCAAACCUUCUGAAUAUGUUACCUUACAGGGUACAAGAGAUUUCGCAGAUGGGAUUAAGGUUGUAGACCUUGAGGUGGGGAGACGAUCUCACAUUAUCUGGGGGAGCCCCAACCUGAACUGCAUGAGUCCUGAAAAGUGGAAUAAGAAGGGAAAGGGGGAGGGCGCCUGGGUGGCUCAGUUGGUUAAGCGACUGCCUUCGGCUCAGGUCAUGAUCCUGGAGUCCCUGGAUCGAGUCCCGCAUCGGGCUCCCUGCUUGGCAGGGAGCCUGCUUCUCCCUCUGAACCUCCCCCCUCUCAUGUGCUCUCUCUCUCUCAUUCUCUGUCUCAAAUAAAUAAAUAAAAUCUUUAAAAAAAAAAAAAAAGAA